AUGGCUUCGCUUCCUUCACUCCCGGAAGAGUUGAAAUUUAUUAAUCAAUACCUUCAACGAGGUCAAGAGACGCGAAAAAAAGAGCCCGUGAUAUCUUAUUAUUGUAAUUAUUAUGCCGCAAAACUUGCUCUUGAAAAGGGAACAAAGGACAAGGAGAGCAAAUUAUUCCUUACCAAAUUAUUAGAUAUUCUAGAACAAGAGAAGAAAGAACUUGCAGAUAAUGAAGCUGUUACAAAUGACAUUGCUGGUGAGGCAUACGUGGAGAAUUUUGCACUGAAAGUUUUCACAAAGGCGGAUAAUGAAGAUAGAACCGGAAAAGCGACAAGAAAUACGGCCAAAACUUUUUUGGCAUCAUCUUUAUAUAUAGAAUUGCUCAAAUUAUUUGGGAAUAUCAGUCCAGAGCUUGAAGAUAGAAUAAAAUAUGCAAAAUGGAAAGCGAUCGAUAUAACUAAGGCGUUAAAAGAAGGUCGAACUCCUGUGGCUGGACCACCCGGAGGUGAACCCUCUUUGCAACAGCCAGGAUUCGAAGGAAAUGAUCAGACAAUUAAUAAUAAUCUUCCUGAUAAUGUCGCGUUCUCUUCGGCUCCAAUAUCGUCGGAUUUAGCAUCAACAACGACUCCCUCUUUAGAUGACGACACGUUUCCAUCAUUUCCAUCAGCACCAACUCAAGAUCAACCACCUGGUUCUAUUAUCGAUACAUUUUCAAAUGCUCAAGAUUUGGCUUCGUCGUUUGACAAUUUAGAUUUAAUUGGGAAGCAAACCGUACCACCCCUUCCACCAAAAGUAAAUGAUUAUGGAAAUUUUCCUGAUAAUCCAUUCGCUCAGCAACCGUCAGCCCUGAAUUAUUCUCCUCCACCUGGCGCAAAUAGAAUUAAUUUUUAUGAUACUCCACCACAACUUCCUCCUUCUAUACCACAUGCAGGUUUUACAAAUGAUUACGUUCAACCUCAACAACUUCCUCAACAACCUCCUCAACAACCUCCUCAACAACCUCAUCAACAACCUCCUCAACAACCUCAUCAACAACCUUCUCAACAACCUCCUCAACAACCUCCUCAACAACCUUCUCAACAACCUUCUCAACAACCUCAUCAACAACAACCACCACCACCACAGACACCUCUUCUUCCUCACAGUUCCUUCUCACCUCAUCCACAAGCACCGCCUCAAAAUUACACUCAGCCAACUAAUCUCGUCAAUCCCCCACAUCAACAUCCUUCAUUUUCAGCACCCGCAUCUUACCCACAAAGUCGACAAAAAUAUGGCAUGUACUCGUAUCCUCAAACGCCACAAAAUGAAAUAGAUCCGACUACGGUCGCCACCGUUCAAAAAUAUUGUAAAUUUGCAAGUAGCGCGUUGGAUUACAAUGAUGUUAAAACAGCUGUUGGUUAUAUGAACAAAGCACUUGAAACCUUGAAACCAUACAACCAAUAG